UCUUUCUAGAUUCUAUCGAUAGAGAAUCGUACUGAUUCUCUACUCGCUGACUCGGUCGAUCACCACCGAGUCAAACUCAGUCCCGACCUUGAACUCGGUCCCUAUAUAUACUGCAUUAUAUAGAUCAUCUCUCACUGUAAAACAGCUUCUUCAACUCCCCAAAUAUUUAGGCUCUUUUUUCAUAAGAUGGGUCUCUCAAUUCUUCAAGGGUUAACGAAGUCACUGGCGAUGACUGUAAUAUCGGAGAUCGGUGACAAGACAUUUUUUGCAGCUGCUAUAUUGGCAAUGCGCCAUCCCAGGAGACUCGUGUUGUCAGGUUGCCUUGGGGCUUUAAUAAUCAUGACUAUCUUAUCUGUUCUUGUUGGCUGGGCAGCUCCAAAUCUGAUCUCCCGUAAAUGGACUCAUCAUAUCACAACCUUACUGUUUAUGGGGUUUGGUCUCUGGUCUCUAUGGGAUGCAUAUAAUGAAGGGGAAGCAGAAGAAUUGGCUGAAGUUGAAGCAAAAUUGGGUGGUGAUGUAAAAAGUAAUGGUGGAUCAUCCAAAGAGAACAAUAAGGUUGAUGACAAUUUGAAGAAGCAAAACCGUCCUUUCCUUGCUCAAUUCUUCUCGCCCAUCUUGCUGAAGGCAUUUUCAAUUACUUUCUUUGGGGAAUGGGGUGAUAAGAGCCAGCUUGCAACUAUUGGUUUGGCUGCAGAUGAGAAUCCAUGGGGUGUUGUCCUUGGUGGAAUCAUAGGACAAGCUUUUUGUACUACUGCUGCUGUCCUGGGUGGAAAGAGUUUAGCAACUUCAAUAUCUGAGAGAAUAGUUGCCCUCUUGGGUGGAGUUCUUUUUAUUGUUUUUGGAAUCCAAUCCUUUCUUUCACCUGUUCAGUUAUGAUGGAUGAUACAUUGCUAGGGGGCUUAACAUGCUCCGGAAGGAUUCGUAAUCCAAUUGCUAUGUAAUGCUGUCAUAAUUUUUGGGGUGCUAUAGUGAUGUGAUUCAUGGAAUUAAAGCAACGAAUACAAGUCAGGGUAAAGAUCUGUUGGUUGUUGAAGAGGGAUCAAUGACUAGUUCCAGGGCAAACAGGUUAAAGAAGCUAUGUGAUUAUUGGUGGAGUUGCAAUGGACAAAAUAUCAAUCUUAGCAAGCAAAAGAGCAAGUUUCAUGUUGGACUCGAGUGAGGAAACGAGUUGGAUCAGUGUGAUUCGAGCAAUAAACGAAGGCAGCCACUCGAACAACUAUGCGACCAGCUAUGCGAUUGCAUAGCCAUUUUCAGAAAAAUCAGAGGCAGAAGCAGCUUUUAUGCGAUCGCGUGGAUUAAUACGAAGCGGUUGCAUAGUGUAAAAUUGUGACGAAUUUUUCAAAUUUUGCAAGAUCUUCUCUAUAAAUAGUGCAUAUUAUUUCAUUGUAAGAAUAACUUUUAUCAUAUUCAAUUGAAAGGCAAAUUGCUUUCA